AUGGGCUGCGCUCCCAGUAUCCACGUCUCUCAGAGCGGGGUGAUCUACUGCCGAGACUCAGACGAAUCCAACUCCCCCCACCAGACCACCACCAUCUCUCAGGGCACCGCGGCCACGCUACACGGGCUCUUCAUCAAGACCGAUGCGGCCGAGACCAUCCCCUCCGUCAUCACCUACCAGAGCCGGCACUCGCGCAACAACUCGUACCGGGAUCGCAGGGAGAACAGCGGAGGGCACGUCUGCAUCGAGGCCGAGACGCAGACCAGCCACACCAGCGUCAAGGUUUCAGGUUCAGAAGAAUGUGUAGGACCUAUGAGACUGACUCAAGAGCCAAUUCAGGUCCUGCUGGUGUUCGCCAAGGAAGACAGCCAAAGCGACGCCUUCUGGUGGGCCUGCGACCGCGCUGGGUUCAGGUGUAACAUCGCACGGACGCCGGAGUCUGCCGCGGAGUGUUUCCUGGACAAGCACCAUGAGAUUAUAAUCAUCGAUGGACGCCACUCGCGCUACUUUGAGCCUGAAGCUGUCUGCCGCUUAAUCCGUGCCACAAAGCCCUCGGAAAACACAGUCAUUCUAGCCGUUGUGCCACAAAAACCGCCUGACCAGGACGAGCCAUCUGUUCUUCCUCUCCUCUGCGCUGGAUUUAGCAGAAGGUUUGUGGAGAACAGCAGUGUGUCAGCCUGCUAUAAUGAGCUCAUACAGAUUGAACACGGAGAGGUGCGCUGCCAGUUCAAACUCAGGGCUUGUAACUCGGUCUUCACUGCUUUGGAGCAUUGUCAAGAGGCUGUGGAGAUCACCAGUGAGGACCACAUAAUACAGUAUGUGAACCCAGCGUUUGAGCGGAUGAUGGGCUACCACAAGGGGGAGCUGAUCGGGAAAGAGCUGACUGAGCUCCCCAAGAGCGACAAGAACAGAGCUGACCUGCUGGACACCAUCAACACCUGUAUCAAAAAAGGAAAGGAGUGGCAGGGCAUUUACUACGCCAGAAAGAAGUCGGGCGACAGUAUACAACAGCAUGUGAAGAUAACACCUGUCGUCGGCCAGGGAGGGAAAAUUCGACAUUUCGUGGCCAUCAAGAGACCUCACAUCGACAACAACAACCAGUUCAGCAAGGAGGAGCGAUGCAGCGGGGAACAUUCUCAGUCAGAGUGCCAUUCUCUGCGUCACCGGGACAGGAGGAAAGAUUCGAUGGACGCCAGAUCGCUCAGCUCCCGUGGUAGUGACGCUCCCAGUUUACAGAAUCGAAGAUAUUCCUCCGUCGCCAGGAUUCACUCCAUGACGAUCGAGGCCCCCAUCACCAAGGUAAUAAACAUAAUCAAUGCAGCCCAGGAGAGCAGCCCCGUAACAGUGGCCGAGGCUCUCGAUCGCGUGUUGGAGAUCCUGAGAACCACCGAGCUCUACUCCCCUCAGCUCGCCUCCAAAGAAGAUGACCCCCACACCAACGACCUGGUUGGGGGGCUCAUGAGCGAUGGGCUGCGAAAACUCUCCGGGAAUGAGUAUGUCUUCUGCAAAAAUAUGAGCCAGAGCCAGCUGGCCAUCCCAGUGACUCUGAAUGACGUGCCUCCAUCCAUCGCCGAGAUGCUGAACGAUGAGGAGUGCUGGGAGUUCAACAUCCUGGAGCUGGAGGCGGCGACGCACAAGAGACCGCUGACUUACCUCGGGCUGAAGAUCUUCACGAGCUUCGGAGUGUGUGAGUUCCUGAACUGUUCGGACGCCACGCUGCGCUCCUGGCUGCAGCUCAUCGAGGCCAGCUACCACUCCUCCAACUCUUACCACAACUCCACACACGCCGCAGACGUGCUGCAUGCCACUGCCUACUUCCUACGCAAAGAGAGAGUCAAGAGCAGUCUGGACCAGCUGGAUGAGGUGGCGGCGUUGAUAGCAGCCACAGUGCACGAUGUGGACCACCCGGGCAGGACCAACUCCUUCCUGUGUAACGCUGGCAGCGAACUGGCCAUCCUCUACAACGACACUGCCGUGCUGGAGAGCCACCAUGCAGCCCUCGCCUUCCAGCUCACCGUCCGGGACAGCAAGAGCAACAUCUUUAAGAACAUUGACAGGAAUCAGUUCCGAACACUGCGACAGGCCAUCAUUGACAUGGUGCUGGCCACAGAGAUGACCAGACACUUUGAGCAUGUCAGCAAGUUCGUAAACAGCAUCAACAAGCCAAUGGCGGCCAUAGAAGAGACCAGCACAAGUAGCAUGAACAGCGACUGUGAGGGUCAGGCUAACAUCAGGAACUCUCCAGAGAACCGCCUGCUGAUAAAGCGGAUGUUGAUAAAGUGUGCAGAUGUGGCGAACCCCUGCAGACCGCUCGAGCUCUGCAUCGAGUGGGCUGGACGGAUCUCGGAGGAGUACUUUGCACAGACAGAUGAGGAGAAAAGGCAAGGGCUGCCAGUGGUGAUGCCAGUGUUUGACAGGAACACCUGCAGCGUGCCCAAAUCUCAGAUCUCCUUUAUAGACUACUUCAUCACUGAUAUGUUUGAUGCCUGGGAUGCCUUUGCCAGCCUGCCUGGUCUCAUGGAGCACCUGUCAGAGAACUACAAGUACUGGAAGAGCUUGGACGAGAUGAAGUGUAAGAGCCUGCGCCCUCCCCCUCCGUCUUGACUAAGUCCUCGUCACCUCCUUUCAUCCAUCACUCCGAGCAGGGCAGGACGGUGAACGCAGCCCUGCGGCGG